AUGACAACCAGCAAUUUCGAAAUUACAAAACUUUUGGAAAAUGUUUGGGAAUUUCAAUCAGCAAAGAAUCUUACAAUAAACGAUGGUAAUAUGACUGUACUAGAGAUAAGUGAUGCGAUAAAAAUUGAUGAAACGCUUAUGGACAACAUGACAUCGUUUUUUAAUCCUACAGAAAUUGAAUCACUUUGUCUUCGAAUGCAUAACAACACGGCGUUUAUGGGCGUUCAACCAAUUGCGCGUCUUGUGCUUUAUUCAGCUAGUGAAUGCCGCCGAAAUUGUGUUGAUUUGUAUCCCAAAUGUGCUGCGGCGCAAUUGAUAGUACUGGUAGUAAUGAUGCAGCAAUAA